AGAGCGCUUGAAUUUUCGGCUUUGAAUUCAUCUCAUUGUUUUGGUGCGUGUGUUACGAUGACGUUACUAGCUUUUUUGACUCUAUCACUAUUUUUGUUACUACAAACAGUAACAUGCCAGUUGAAGCCGAGUAUUUCCUAUAUUUCGCAGGAGCAAACAAAAGAUAUUGGAAGUACAGUAGAAUUGCAAUGUUCAGUGCAGAAUGCCACUGAUUAUUCGAUAUUGUGGGUAAAAAAGGGUAGUACUUAUUCAUUACCCUUAUCAACCGGUACCACAUUAAUCGUACUAGAUAGUAGAUUUUCUCUUAGGUACCAUCAAAGAUCAUCAACAUAUGUUUUAAAGAUUGAAGAUGUUCAAAAAAAGGAUGCUGGACUCUAUGAAUGUCAAAUUGUUGCAACAAUUUUCAAUGUUAUCACAGCUGAUGUUGAAUUGCAUGUUCGUCGACCGCCAGUUAUCAAUGAUAAUUCGACAAGAUCUUUAGUUGUCAGCGAGGGACAAACUGUUCAAUUGGAAUGCUACGCUGACGGUUAUCCAACACCACGAAUUUUCUGGCGAAGAGAAAAUAAUGUUGAUCUACCAACUGGCGGAACUGUUUAUCAUGGUAACAUUUUGAAAAUAGCGUCAGUUUGCAAGGAGGACCGCGGUACCUAUUACUGUGUCGCUGAAAAUGGAGUGAGACCAGAAUCGAAACGUAAUUUAAAUGUUGAAGUUGAAUUUGCUCCGGUUAUAACGGCAACACGACCAUUUCUUGGACAGGCCCUCCAGUACGACAUUGAGUUAAAGUGUCACAUCGAGGCAUAUCCACCGCCAGCAAUUGUUUGGAUCAAGAACAACGUUCAAUUGUCGAAUAAUCAGAAUUUUAAAAUUUCCCAUUUCGCCACUGCCGACGAAUACACUGACACAACACUCAGAGUGAAAAAUAUCGAAAAACACCAUUUCGGCGACUAUUUCUGCAAAGCUUCAAAUAAAUUAGGUUCUGCCGAAACCAAAGUCGAACUAUUUGAAACCAUUUCACCUGUUUGUCCGCCUGCUUGCGGUCAAGUGGACGAAAAAAAGGAGGGAGAAAAAAAUGAAACUACCUCAAAAAACGAAAAUAUUUAAAAUAUAAAAAACAUGGAAAAACCAAAAAGAAGAAAAUGGAAAUAUUUUUAAAAAUCAUCGGUUAUUAUGUUAGCUAAAUGGUUAUUGUCUUCGCUUUGGAAAGAACUCGGGUUCAAUUCCCCGUGUCAAGAAUUUCUGAAUUUUUCAAAAAUUCUUUCUCUAAUGUUUUAUAUGUUUCUAAUAAAUAUUAAAAUAAUAAUAAAUGUGCGUGACACUCGAAA